ACUCGACUCGUCAUGACCAGCAAGAAUUCCCCACACUUGCCGACGAACUCGCCGGUGGAGGAAGGCCGGUCGCUGCAAAACAUGACGACGCCGCAGCAGCCGACAGCACCGAUGCACUAAUUGCUGUAUGAAAAGUACCAGCAGCAGGGUCCCGUCGCACCCAACGAACUCGUGAACGCCGGGUCGAGCCACGACGUCGUUGUCGUCACGUGCAAGGGAGGAUCGCGACUGAUUGUAUCCAAGAAGGAGCUCACAGCGCUCAAGCUGUUCUUGCCAAAGUACGAAGACAUUGACAUGCAUCGCUUGAUCAAUACGUUGCCGCUCCUUCUUCAAGAAAUGGAUGCGUCGUCGAAGGCGAGUCCAGCGACUGCCCCACCUACGGCCGCACCUGGCAAUGCAACGCCUGCGAAGGCGCAGUCGAUUCCGAUUCCCGUCCAAGUCAAAGUGAACAAACUCAUUCGAAACACGAGCAACUCGUCGCUGUUUGCCGACUUAGCGAAAGAGCACGAAUCCAAGUUGUCCGAGGUCGAAGCUCAACUCGCAAGCGAGAAAAUGACUGUCGAGCGAUUGGAUCUCGACGUCUUGACGCUCAAGGAGUCGCUCCUUCAAGCACAGCAGCUCCAGCAUGACACGGAGUCGCAGGUCAAGGCGCAAACAGCCCUCGUAGAGGCCCUCCAACGCGACGCGACCGACAUGAAGGCCAAGUUGAAUGCGCUGGUCGUGACGUGCCAAUCCAAGGACGACGAGGUCGACACGCACGUGGCAACGAUUUCGUCGUUGCACCAUCAACUGGCGGCGCUGCAACAGGACAUCGCGUCGUUCUCGAAUGUCGGCGAAGGAAAGGACGCGCGAAUCGUCGAGCUGAGCGCAACGCUGCAGGAGAAGGACGCGUUGUUGGCAGCCCAGAACCACACGAUCGCAAGUCUGACAUUGCAAGUUGCAUCCGCCCAUGCCAAGACGGCAUCGCUCGUGCAAUCGACAGCGUCCAUGGCGGGCGACCUCCAGGCCCUCAAGGCGCACGUCACGAUGGAAGCGGCACAAACGGAAGCGCUGAUUCAAUCCAGCAUCCACGAGAUGCAAGCUGUCGUGCAGUCGCGGGAACACGUGCUGUACAGCCAGUUGGACCGGGAGAUUCUCGAACGCAAGCGCAUGACGGAGAAAUACCACGAAGUGUCUGGCAAGAUCCGCGUGUUUUGCCGCGUCCGGCCGCUCCAAGACGCGGCGACCAACGAAAGCGCGUUCAUGUACCCGAAGAGCCAGACGCUGCUCGUGGCAUCCAAGCGGCAGGAGUACGUCUUCGAUCAAGUGUACGGCCCCGAUAGCACGCAAGAGGACGUGUACGAGCACAUCGAUCCGCUGAUCGGGUCCGUCAUGGACGGGUACAACGCAUGCGUGAUGGCGUAUGGCCAAACCGGCGCCGGCAAGACGUACUCGAUGGUCGGCGAGGACUCGUCGCCCGGGAUCAUCCCCCGCGCGCUCCACCAGCUCUUUGCCAUGUCUGACGCGCGGUCCGCGCUCAUGGACGACACGAUCUCGAUCAGCAUGCAGGAAAUUUACAACGACCAGCCGCGCGACUUGCUAUCCAAGGACGUCUUGACGCCCAAGGAGAGUGCGAUGGAGACGCGGGUGGUCGGGUCGUGGAACGAUGUCCAGGCUGUGCUCGCCGAGGGGUACGCGAACCGAUCGGUGGCCGCGACCAAGAUGAACUUUGAAAGCUCUCGAUCCCACGCGAUUGUGUUUGUGUACGUGUCGUCGGCCAACAAACAGACCCUCGAGCGCAAGAGCAGCACGUUGUGCCUCGUGGACCUGGCGGGGUCGGAGCGCAUCUCGCGCACCCAGGUGACGGGCGACCGCCUCAAGGAAGCCCAGCACAUCAACAAGUCGCUCAGUACGCUCGGGGAUGUCGUCCACGCGCUCCAGCACAAAGCAAAGCACGUGCCGUACCGGAAUUCCAAGCUCACUUUCACGUUGCGAGAUAUGUUGUCUGGUGGUGCCAAGGCUCUGCUCAUGCUUCAAGUCAGUCCCGACAUCGCAGACGAAGGCGAAAGCGUGUGCUCAUUGCAGUUUGGCGCGCGUGUGAGCCAGGUUGAGCUGGGGGCUGUCAAACAGCGCAGUGUCGAAUCUGGCGAGCUCCUCGCGCUCAAGGACGAACUGGCCAAAGUCCGCGCAGACCACGACGCCGUCGUCGCCAAGAUGCAGCGCGAACUGGACGCCGUCCGUGACGAAGUGGCCGCCGCCGGCAACCAGAGCCAGGGCUACGGCGCCACCGCCACCUCCUCCGUGUCGGACGACAACGAUUCUCUCGACGACGAGUGGAAGAAGCUCAACGAUGAAUCGCCCGAGACGAAUGCCGGUCCCUCGCCUUUGCUCCCCUCCAGCGGGAGCAGCGGCGACCUCAAAAAGAGGGUGCUCACAAAGCGCGCGACAACUGCGAUGCCGUCAUCGACGGGUCGAUUGUCGUUGGGGCGAUCGGGACCGCCACCCCCAGUCCCGCCAAAACCUGUCCGCCAAACAUCGCUCGACCGCCGAUUGAGCUUGCCUGUGAAAGGUCAGCCCAAGAGCGAACCGUCGCGGCCUGCUGCUGCCGCAACCUCGUCUCCAACGCUCAAGCGCGUGUCGAGCACUGUGCGGUCAUCGUCGCCGACCUCCCGCGUCGCAAGACACUCGUUGGGUGUCGCGGAAGGGUCGGCUUUGCGUGAAAAGUCGACGGCGGUGCGGACGAAAGGCACAAUUCCUCGUCCGUCGCCUGCCGCGUCGGUGACGAGUCCGCCGACGCGCAAGUGGGUGUAGCAAUGGCCAUCGCAAUCGACCACGAUUUAUUCUUCAAUUUUCAGUUAAGCCAUGAAUAUCUUGAAAGCGGGGCAUGGCGA